AUGAAAGGAACAGCAGAAAAAUAUAUUUCGUUUCAAAAGAAAGCACAUUUAGAUAAACAAUAUAAACCUUUAGAUUUUAAACCAAAAUUUCAAUAUAUAAAUAUGUUUGGAAGAGCAAGGUGGAAAGCACCUAGAGUUAGUUUAAGGAAAUUAAAUGACAUGAGAAAAAAUUGUGAAUAUUUAAAUAUUGAUCCUCAUAGUAUUGGAUUGCCUGAUAAACCUCCAAGGAAAGUUCUUAGAGCUAAACCUAAUAAAGGUAAAAAGCAUGAAAGAAAUGCUCCCGAAAGAAAAGCAAAGAUUGCAAAAGCAUUGGAAGAAAUGCCAAAAACUAUCGAAACUUGGAGAUUGGAAAAACUUAAAGAAAAGGAAAAGAGCAAACCUUCUUUACCGUUUUAA